AUGGCGGAGGAAAGUCCAACAAGUUCCAACGAUCUCCAGCUGGAAUUGAAAGUAUGUUAUCAUGGCUAUUGUAGCGUUUUUAGGAAAAUAUAUUUGAACUGACUUUAUCGUAUUUUAGGAAAAGUUGGAAGCAUCGAAGCAGCUGGCUGAUCGUUAUGAGAAGCAACUACAAGAAGAACGGACUUAUCGUCAAGAAUUGGAGAAAGUGUUUGCCAAAAAGUCGAAAGAAUCAGAAACCUCAACGUUUCAGCUGAAUGAGCAGAUAAAGUCUUUGGAACGAAUGUUAAAUAAUGUGACAGAAAGGUUCAACAACGAGAUCAGAAUAGUCGAGGGAAAGUUUGACGAAGUAUUUGCUGUUAACCAGGAUCAACGAGAAGCGUAUGAUAUUAUACACAAAAGGUUAGUGUUAUUUAUCUUUAGUGUCGUUUAUAUUGUUGUGGGUGUUGAUUAAAAAGUCCUCUUUUAGGUACCAAAAAUUAUUGGGAUUUUACCGGAAGACUGCCAACCAAAUGCGGGAGGACAACAUUUCACUGCCUCAGACUGUAGACGAGCUUCAAUUUGAAUGUCUGAAGUUAAGAGAAGAGAUCAUAGAGACUAGAGCCACCAAAGAACAUAUUGAGGAAGAAAGUGCCAGUGCAAUAGAAGCCUUGAAGAGUGAGCUAGAACAGGCCAGGUCAAUGGUUGGCCGGACAGUAAGUAUUUUGCGAAAUAUUAAUUUUAAGCGGUUACUAUUAGGUUUGAAAAAAAUUUUGAUGUGGUUUCAUUGACACUAAUUGUUAAAGUCUUGUUUUUGAUGUUGUUAAUUUUUAGAUGCGAACACAAGAGAAUGAAGAACUACGACAGACGAUUUCGGAUCUAGAGAAGAGGUUGGCUGAAUCCCAAGCUGAAGUGAGUGCCAUGGCCAAAUCUCUAGAAGAGUUCCGUCAACGUUGUAGCCAGCUACAAGUAGAGCUGGACAAUUCUGAAGCCGUCCAAAAAGAUUUCGUCCGAUUGUCACAAAACCUGCAAAUCCAAUUGGAAAAGAUUAGGUCGACGGAGCAGGAGGUAAACAAUAGUUUUUGGGUAUAUUUGUCAGUUAUUUUCUGCCAAGUUAUGAUAUUUUCAGCGUUUGUAGUGAACCUAAAUGUAGGCUUUUGGUUUAAAAAAUAUACUUUUGCAUUUUGAGGUCCGAUGGCAGUUUAUAGACGACGUGUCCAAGUGCAACACUUGUGAAUCGGACAUUCGUCGUGCCCAAAAAGGUAACUGUCUUCAUUGUGGAAAGGUGUUCUGCGCCAAUUGUAUAAAACAACAAAUACCAGCUGGACCGAACAACAAGAUGGCGAGAGUCUGUUCGGUGUGUCACACACUACUCAAUAGGUAAGUCAAUCUGUUAUAUUAUUCAUGGAAUUAGGAAUUCGGCGCCGUUCUUCUCCAAAACGUUCACUUCCUCUUGA